AUGGCAUCCAAAUCAGCUGAAAAGAGCAUCUCCGCCUAUGGAGAAGCUCGUUCAACUGUAGAAGGGAAGCCCCUCGAUGCUGACACUGUCCGUAAGAUGAAUGCCUACUUUCGGGCCAGCAUGUACCUAUGCUUGGGCAUGCUUUACCUUCGCGAAAACCCACUCCUCAGAGAACCUCUUAAGUUGGAGCAUCUCAAAUCUCGACUUUUAGGUCAUUGGGGUUCCGAUGCCGGGCAGUCUUUCACCUGGAUGCACAUGAAUCGUCUCAUCAAGAAGUACGACCUCGAUACUCUUUUCAUUUCUGGCCCCGGACAUGGCGCCCCUGGAAUCAUUUCUCAAUCUUACCUUGAGGGUGUCUACUCGGAAGUCUACCCGGACAAAGGCGAGGAUACGGAGGGCCUGCAGAAGUUCUUCAAACAAUUCUCUUUCCCCGGUGGUAUCGGAAGCCAUGCGACCCCCGAGACACCUGGCAGUAUCCAUGAGGGUGGCGAGCUUGGAUACUCAAUCUCGCAUGCGUUUGGCUCGGUCUUCGACCACCCUAAUCUUAUUACCUUGACUAUGGUUGGAGACGGCGAAUCCGAGACUGGCCCACUUGCAACCAGCUGGCACAGCACGAAGUUCCUGAACCCGAUCACCGAUGGAGCAGUCUUGCCUGUUUUGCAUCUCAACGGAUACAAGAUCAACAACCCAACGGUGCUUGCAAGAAUCAGCCACGACGAACUUUCGUCUUUGCUCAUUGGCUGUGGAUGGAAACCAUACUUUGUGGAGGGAAGUGAUUUUGACAGCAUGCACCAAGCCAUGGCGGCUACCCUCGAGCAAUGUGUCAAAGAAAUCAAGGAGCACCAGAAAAAGGCCCGAGAGACAAAUACCCCAUUCCGACCUCGCUGGCCAAUGAUCGUUCUCCGCACACCCAAGGGAUGGUCGGCUCCACGGAAGGUUGAUGACCAUUAUCUCGAGGGAUUUUGGCGCGCACACCAGAUUCCUCUCACUGAUGUCCGCACCAACCCAGCUCAUCUCAAGGUGUUGGAAACAUGGAUGAGAAGCUACAAACCAGAGGAGCUCUUUGACAAGAAUGGCACCUUGAUUCAGGAACUGAAGGAACUUACGCCCACCGGUAACUCGCGGAUGAGUGCCAACCCUGUUGGCAAUGGAGGUAUUCUACGCCGGCCGCUCCACAUGCCUGAUUUCCGAGAGUAUGGGUUCAAAGAUAUUGUGCCGGGCAUAACACCCAAGGGUGGCAUGGCCAACAUGGCGAAAUUCCUCCGUGAUAUUGUCGCCAAGAACAUGCACAACUUCCGACUCUUUGGCCCAGAUGAGAGUGAAUCUAACAAGCUUGCUGAGGUGUAUAAAGCAGGCAAGAAGGUGUGGAUGGGCGAGUAUUUCCCAGAGGAUAAAGAUGGAGGAAAUCUGGCCCCUGAUGGCCGCGUGAUGGAGAUCCUCAGUGAACAUACCUGUGAAGGGUGGCUGGAAGGAUACAUUCUUUCUGGGCGACACGGACUGCUCAACAGUUAUGAGCCUUUCGUUCACGUCAUUGACUCCAUGGUAAAUCAGCACUGCAAAUGGCUCGAGAAGUGCCUUGAAAUAGAGUGGAGAGUCCGAGUCGCAUCUCUCAACAUCCUCAUUACCGCCACUGUCUGGAGACAAGACCACAAUGGCUUCACCCACCAAGACCCCGGAUUCCUCGAUGUAGUGGCCAACAAGAGCCCCGAGGUGGUUCGCAUCUAUCUGCCGCCCGACGGCAACACUCUCCUAUCUGUGAUGGAUCACUGCCUCCGCAGUACCAACUACGUGAACGUGAUCGUCGCCGAUAAACAGGAGCACAUCCAGUUUUUGAACAUGGAUGAAGCCGUCCAGCACUGUACCAAGGGUCUCGGAAUCUGGGACUGGGCGAGCAACGACCAAGCCGCAGAGCCAGAUGUCGUGAUGGCAUGCUGCGGUGAUGUUUCUACACACGAAUCGCUAGCCGCGACUGCGCUACUGCGCGAGUAUCUUCCACAGCUUAAAGUCCGGUUCGUCAACGUUGUGGAUCUAUUCCGACUGAUUUCCGAAAUCCACCACCCCCACGGAAUGUCUGAUAAGACGUGGAAGUCCAUUUUCACCACCGACACACCCAUCGUGUUCAACUUCCACUCAUACCCCUGGCUCAUCCACCGACUCACGUACAAGCGACCCGGUCAGCAUAACCUGCAUGUGAGAGGCUACAAAGAGAAGGGUAACAUUGAUACACCGUUUGAGCUUGCUUUGCGCAAUGAGACCGAUCGAUACAGUCUCGCUAUAGCUGCUAUUGAUUUGGUUGAAUCCCUCGGAAACACGGCAGCCGGCGUGAGAGAGGAGCUGAUCAAUAAGCAGCUUGCGGGCAAGUCCGAGGCAUUCGAUAACGGGAUUGAUCCUGAAUAUAUUCGGAACUGGAAAUGGCCUUACCCAAGAAAGUAG